CUUCACCACUAUAAACCUGGUGAAAAUAAAUGUGAAUGUAAUUUUUAAAGAAAGAAACCAUAGCAUUUUAGAUUUCCACUGUUGUGGAUUUUUCUCGUAGUAGGUGGAAGGAUGGCAUGGAAAUGGAAGUAUUCCCCCAAGGAACAGCUGGAGAAUGUGAGCAGCCUGCACCCAGGGCUCACAGGGCUGCAGAACCUGGAGAAUACGUGCUACAUGAAUGCAGUGCUGCAGUGCCUCUGCAGCCUGACCCCACUCGUGCAGUAUUUCCUCUCGGGAAAGUGGAACACAGCCCUGCACGAGGAGAUUGGUGAGUCUGCAACUGCCUUUGGCUGUUUGAUGUCCGACAUGUGGCUAGGAGAGUUUGACUAUGUUUCCCCUGAGGCUUUUCAUUCCGUCUUUGGGAAGCGGUACCCAGCUUUUAGCAAGAGGACUCAGCAUGAUGCACAGGAAUUUCUCAUCUGUGUGCUGGAUGACCUCCACGAGGCUUUCAAAGAGCCAAGCCAAGAAAGACAGAGCCCUGGUGCAAGAGCAAGCACAAGGAGUAGCAGUGGCACGUCAAUUAUAACACAGUUAUUUGAGGGACAGCUCAAUCAUGGUAUCAGGUGUCUGACAUGCAAAGCCCAGACUGACAGACCCGAGAGCUUCACCGUCCUCUCCCUGCCCAUCCCUUCCACCAGAGUGUGCUCUCUGCAGGACUGCCUGGAAUGCUUUUUUCAGCCAGACACACUAACUCUGAACAACCAAAUCCACUGCUACUGGUGUGGAAGCAAUCAAGAUGCAACAGUAAAGGCUUCCAUAACCAAGGCACCACAGAUCAUUAUUUUUCAUCUAAAGAGGUUUGCCUGGCAGGACAAGAACAGAAAAAAACUCUCAACCACCGUCUGCUACCCUUUCAGUGAUUUGGAUCUCUCUCCCUACAUCUCCACAUCGUGUCGCAGCACUACAGAGUACAGCUUGUGUGCUGUAGUGAACCAUGCUGGAGAUCUGGAUUAUGGCCACUACACGGCCUUCUGCAAGCACUCAGUCACCAAACACUGGUACAGCUUUGAUGAUGCCCAGGUCACCAAGAUCCCAGACUCUGCAGUGCAGGCUGACACAGCUUACCUCCUCUUCUACACCUCCCAAGGCUACUGA